GUUGUGUACGUUUGUUAUUGAAGGUGGAUUGGUGGUGGUAAGAUUAGAUUACAAAGAAGUGAAUAAAUUUCUUAUCAUUUUAAUAGAUAAAUAAACAGUUUACCAACCAGACAUGCCUAACAAUUAUUAAGAAGUAAUCGCUCAUUAAUUCCAGCAAGUUUUUAUUCAAAAACACCUUGUCAAUUUGUCAGGUCAUCAGUUUUUGCUAAUGCAGCAGUUUUCAAGGAAACCCAUUGUUUUAUAGGAUUUACUUAGUUUUAUGCUUUUAUAUUUACGAUCAAAGUUAAGGCUUAUUAAACGGAGACUUAAAAUGAGCCUGAGCUCCAGCGAAUUGCCCUGGGGAAUAACACUGUUACAAAAAGUUUCGCAGAAGUUUUGUCCAAAUAGACUACAUUUUAAUAAAGAAGUAUGUUACAAAGCCAGUAUAGUCUUCUUAACUUACAUGGGAUAUAUGUCCUAUCAUCUAUCAAGAAAACCCAUAUCAGUAGUGAAAGCAGUGUUACAUAGAAAUUGUAGCACUCUUACACCACCUACUGCUGAUGCACCACAAAAUUGGUGUGAUUGGGCACCCUUUGAUGGAUCUGAUUCAAUGGCCUCCCAACUCUUAGGUGAACUGGACUCAGCAUUUUUGUUUUGCUAUGCUGCUGCCAUGUUUUUGUCUGGUUUUAUUGCUGAAAGAGUGAAUCUUAGAUACUUUCUCAGCUUGGGAAUGUUAUUUUCAGGAGUAUUCAGUUACCUGUUUGGCAUAGGAAAAACCUACAACAUUCACAAUAUUUGGUAUUAUAUCAUUGUACAGGGAUUGGCAGGAGUUGCCCAGACCACAGGAUGGCCUGGUGUAGUAACAGUCAUGAGCAACUGGUUUGGAAAAUCUAAAAGAGGAUUAAUUUUUGGAUUAUGGAAUUCUCAUACCAGCAUUGGCAACAUUUUAGGUUCAUUAAUAGCGGCAGAAUAUGUUGAAACUGACUGGGCCCUUUCUUUCAUAAUGCCUGGGUUAAUAAUUGGCGUUAUGGGCUUUAUAUUGUUUCUUUUUUUAAUUGUCAAUCCUAGUGAUGUGGGAUUUACAACAACUGAGACUAGAGUCGAUUCAGGUAGAGUUUACAGACCCGUCGAAAGUCAAACUACGAAAUCUGCAUCUGGGUCGGAUUCAGAAGUUGACGAUUCUGCGAUUAUUAUAGGCGAACAUGCAACACCUUCGCGUUACUCGAUCAAUUCAGAAAAUACAGAAAUUCUUCGAAGAAGUGUCAACGAGAGAAGCCGGCUUUUAGGUGACUCGUCGAACAGUUCACAAGAUCAAGCAAUUGGUUUUUUAAAAGCUCUUAAAAUACCCGGGGUUGCCGAAUUCUCUUUGUCGCUCUUUUAUGCUAAAUUAGUUAGCUACACUUUUCUUUACUGGCUACCGCUUUAUGUCUAUCAUUCAACCACAAUGGGAGCAACAUUAAGUGCAGACAUGUCAACUCUGUUCGACUUGGGUGGCAUAUUGGGCGCAAUAGUUGCUGGUGUAAUCAGUGAUAAAACUGAAAUGCCAGCUACCACUUGUGUUGGUAUGUUACUAUUUUCGGCGCCAAUGAUGUUUAUUUACCAAAAAUUCAGUGCAGAAAGCAUAGGUUUAAAUAUGGUGCUACUUAUAGUGGUUGGCUUGCUGGUAAAUGGACCAUAUGCAUUAAUAACCACAGCGGUAUCAGCCGAACUAGGAACGCAUCAUAGUUUAGAAGGAAAUUCUAAGGCGUUGGCCACCGUAACGGCUAUUAUUGAUGGUACCGGUUCUAUAGGUGCUGCGGUAGGUCCACUUCUAGCAGGUUUUGUCUCGAGCUAUGGUUGGCACAACGUAUUUUAUAUGCUUAUUAUAGCAGAUUUGCUAGCUUUAUUGUUUUUGGUAAGGUUAGUUAAGCAUGAAAUCGUCAAAUACCGAAGCCAUCGGAGGGGUUUAAGGAUAGAAUAAUUAAGUAUCAAAAUGUACCUAUGUACGAGAUUUUUUAUGGCAGCCUUAAGUUUGGCUAUUACUGUGAUAAUUUUUCCCAAUAGUGACCAACAUAAACCCUUAUUCCAGAAAUAACACACGAUAUUUAGUUCCUAGAGAUGUAUUUCACAUUUUAUAUGGUAAUUUUAAAUUAAGAAUUUCUAAAAUUGUUUUUUUCAUUAUUUUCUUAAACCAUUAAAAACUUUCAUUUAAGACUAUCUAUUGAAAAUUAGCAUUUCCUUUGAUUUGUUAAGAUUAUGGUUCUUUUAUUUAAUGAAGUCAAGCCAUCCCAGUCCAGUAUUCAUAAAGUUCUUUUGUCACUCUUUUUUUCUUUUUUAAAACUUCUCUAUAUGAAAUUUUUUUAUUAUUGCUAGUUA